UAGUAAAUAACUGUCUUUAAACCUCACCAAAGAAUAGGUGUGCGACUGUGGGGUUACAGUUGUGAAUUUGUAUAGUUUUUACAUAAAAUAGUGAAAUUUUUAAAUAAUUAUGGAGCCAUAUGAUGUAAUAAUUAAUCAACCCGUAGUUAUCGAUAACGGUUCUGGUGUAAUCAAAGCAGGAUUUGCAGGUGAUCAAAUACCAAAAUGUAGAUUUCCAAAUUAUAUUGGUAGACCUAAACAUAUACGUGUUAUGGCUGGUGCUUUAGAAGGAGAUCUUUUUGUGGGUCCAAUAGCAGAAGAACAUCGUGGUCUCUUGUCUCUUCGUUAUCCAAUGGAACAUGGAGUUGUUACAGAUUGGAAUGAUAUGGAAAGAAUUUGGUCUUAUGUUUAUAGUAAAGAUCAAUUAGCAACAUUUAGUGAAGAACAUCCAGUUUUAUUAACAGAAGCACCUCUUAAUCCAAGAAAAAAUAGAGAAAAAGCUGCAGAAAUAUUCUUUGAUACAUUCAAUGUUCCAGCAUUAUUUGUUUCAAUGCAAGCUGUACUUAGUCUGUAUGCCACAGGAAGAACUACAGGAGUAGUUUUAGAUGCUGGAGAUGGUGUAACACAUGCAGUACCUAUUUAUGAAGGUUUUGCUAUGCCUCAUAGUAUUAUGAGGGUUGAUAUAGCAGGACGUGAUGUCACAAGACAUCUUCGACUUCUUUUACGUAAAGAGGGUAUUAAUUUCAGAACUACAGCAGAAUUUGAAAUUGUUAGAACAAUUAAGGAAAGAGCAUGUUAUCUUGCUAGCAAUCCUCAAAAAGAAGAAACUAUUGAAACAGAAAAAUUCCAAUAUAUAUUACCUGAUGGAAGUUAUUUAGAAAUUGGUCCAGCACGAUUUAGAGCUCCUGAAGUGCUUUUUAGACCAGAUCUAAUUGGAGAAGAAUGUGAAGGACUUCAUGAAGUACUAACAUAUUCUAUUCAAAAGUCUGAUUUAGACUUAAGGAAAGUAUUAUUUCAAAAUAUUGUUUUAUCAGGAGGAUCAACACUAUUCCGUGGAUUUGGUGAUAGAUUAUUAUCGGAAAUUCGUAAAAUGGCACCAAAAGAUAUAAAAAUUAGGAUAUCAGCUCCUCAAGAACGAUUAUAUAGUACAUGGAUUGGAGGUUCUAUUUUGGCUUCUUUAGAUACUUUUAAAAAAAUGUGGGUUAGUAAAAGAGAAUAUGAAGAAGAUGGUAUAAGAGCAAUUCAUCGUAAAACAUUUUGAAUUUAAUUCAAGAUGAUUUAUAUCAUGUCAAAUAAUUUAAGUACAACAUAUAAAUAAUGGCACAGUCGGCAUCAGACUCGACAUGUACCGUAUUAACUAAAUGCUCUUUGAAUGCUUUUAAUAUUGCAAUUUUUUUUUUAAAUAUUGCUUCAACUUCUUUUACACAAAAAUAUCCAAGGAAUCAUAAAAUGUUCAUAUUCCAUAAAUUAGAAUAUAAUACAAAAAAUAAUAUAAUAAAAUUUACUUACUUAUACUCAAUAAUUUAUGUAAAAUUUUUUACAUGCAAAUAUUUAUUUAGUUAUAAUUUUAAAAUAAAAUUUUUAUUAUAUUUUUAAGCAAUAUUUUAUUAAGAUUCCUUGGAAAUGUACAUAAAAGUUUUCAAAGUUAGAUACAUUUUAACUUUCGAAGUUAAAUGUACUUCGAAAUAAAACUAAGUAAUAUGUUUAAGUAAUGAAAUCACUUCUUUUCAAAAUAUUAUCUUUCUAAAUUAUAAAUUUGUUUUUUUAUACUAUUUAUAAUUUUAUAUUUAAUACAACAAAAAUAGAAUUUUAUUAAAACAAAUAUAAAAUGCUUUGAUUAAUAAAGUUAUCGUUAUAAAAAAAAUAAUGUAAUUUCUAUUUAGUAUUAUAGUAACAAUUUUGCAAAGUAUUUGUAAAUAUGUAUGCUUUGGUAAAAUAAAUCUGUAAACUCUUUA